UAUUCCUACAAUCAUCAAGUCUCAUUCUUUUAAUUACUUUAGAAGUUUAUAGCAACUAGUAGUAAUAGCUUCAAAAGCUGCGCGUCUUCCGAAACGUGGAUUGCCGCGCCAUUUGAACAACGGCUCGAAUUUCGAAACAAAAGACUCAGGAUCUUUCAAUUUUUCGUGAACCCGAGCAAUAAAGUUGCCACGGCAUCAUGGACCUGGCACAUGCCCUGUGGCAGCUUGUUGCUGCUACCAUCAUACUUCUCUUGGUCCACUGGUACAUGAAAAGAAAGCAGCUGUUCAACUACUUCAAGGAGCUCGGCAUUCCGGGACCAGAGCCGAGCAUCAUCACGGGCAACAUGACCGAACUUCGUGAGAAGACACCUACCGUGGCCUACAGGGAGUGGAUAGAAAAGUACGGAAAAGUAGUUGGCUAUUUCAACGGCUCCCGUCCUGUAUUGCUCGUCGCUGACCUCGAUUUGCUGAAGAUGAUUCAAGUCAAGGACUUCCAAGAUUUUAUUGACCGAGGCCUUCUGUUUCAAAGCAAGCGUCCGCCAAGUCCCCACAACAAGUCCCUAAUCCAACUUACGGGAAAACGCUGGAAGGAAGUUCGCAGUGUGCUGACGCCCUCAUUUACAACCAAUAAGCUUAAGAUGAUGGCUCCUGGCAUGAUAUGCACCAUACAGGAGCUUAUAGACAAGAUCGACGAGCACGCGCGCUCCAGCGAGGAGUUCGAGAUCGGCGACUUGUUCCAGGCGAUGACGCUGGACGUGAUCUGCCGCAGCGCCAUGGGCAUCGAGUACAGCAUACAGAAGAACCCUAAACACAGCCUGCUGGCCAGCUGCCGACUGCUCUUCAGCGGAACCUUCUCAUGGAUCUCCGUUCUUCUCGCCUCUUUUCCUGAACUCGAGUUCAUCCUGAAGUACCCCCUCUACUGGAUGCUCGCCAGCACCAACAACGGCGUGCAUCCUUUCGACGAAGUGCAAGAGAAAUGUGGAAACAUCGUCAAGCAGCGUCAGAUCAACAACGCGGUCCCGCAAAAGGACCUGCUGCAGCUGAUGAUCGAGGCCAAGACUUCGAACGUGGACGUCGCUAGCGUCACCUCGGACCAACUGACGGCCGCCGACGACAACGAACACGAACUCAAGCAGAGUGCACUUUCCUCGCCAAAAGGCCUCACGUACUCGAGCAAGACUGUCCUGGACGAUGACGACAUCACGCAGAACGCCUUCCUUGUCCUCGUAGCAGGAUACGAGACGACAAGCAAUACGCUCACGCUUGUCUCUCACAUGCUGAUCAACUACCCUGACGUGCAAGAGAAGGUUCGACAAGAACUGUUCACCGCAUUGGGACCAGACGAGGAGAUCAGCUACAACACGAUCCAGAAGCUGACGUACCUCAACUGCGUCAUCCAGGAAACCAUGCGCCUCUACCCGCCCAUAUUUUCCUUCGUGACACGGGAGGCCGUGGUGGACAAGCAGUACGGCAAGCUGAAGAUUCCCGCAGGUACUGCAGUGAUGGCCGCCACGGAGUACAUCCACCGGGACCCCAGCAGCUGGGAGAAGCCGAACGCGUUCGACCCGGACAGAUUUCUUGGCGAGCGUCGCAAGGGCCAGAACCCGCUGGCCUUCCAGCCGUUCGGCGCGGGACCGCGCAACUGCAUCGGCAUGCGGUUUGCGCAGAUGGAGCUGCGCUUCACGCUCGCCCACAUCCUGCGCAGGUACCGACUCGUGGCCACGCCCAACAGCGACAAGGAACCUGCGGAGAUAGACAUGAAUCCCCUGGUGCUGCGGAUCAAGAGAGGAGUGCACGUGAGGGCGGUUCCCCUCUAGGAACGCGUGCAACAGCCCGCCGUGUAAAUAGAUCGACCUUGAAGCGAGGCUAAGAUCGCCCGGGUGUGCCACCAGCAUCUGUAUAUAACCACAUCACGUGCAUAUACGAGAGCGUUGCCAUGUUUCGUGCAUCAUGUUUUAUCAUUGUGCGCCAAUAAACUGACUGCCACCUCCGA